AUGAAAUUCAUUGAGCUGGGGAGAACUGUAUUUCCGAUUACAAAAACCGAAAGAAAUAUGAAAGCUAUCAUUAUAGGAAUAAUUGAUAGUACAUUUGUGGUACUUAAGAAGUCUAAUGGAGAAAAUGAGGUAGCACCUAUAAGCUCAUUUAUUUUACUUGAUGAAGUGCAUGACAUUAAAGGAUUAACUAGUGAGAGAAUAGUUGAACUUAUUCAACCAAAAGAUCAAAAAAAGAAGUCUAAUGACUUUGAAAGGUUUAAAGAAAAAUUAAAGGAAGACGUUAAGAAUAGCAUUUUAAAGGAAAAGGGUUUAUAA